GCUUGUUCGAAACUCGGGGCCACAGUUUGUGGCAUUAGUCUCCAGUACUUAAGCACUUUCUCCAUUCCUAUAGCCAGCACUCAACGUUUCAGUGCGAUGGAAAUAUCCAAGGCACCAGCUGAAUACGCUCUACUUGCUGAAGAGACUGAGAACGACUUUCACGGACCUAUGUCUAUCACAGAAUUCUUUGACGCUUUCAUGAAGACGAAGGAUGACAAGAAACCUCCCAAGCGUGCCACCCGAAUCUUCAAGAGCAUACCUAGGGUCGGAAAAUUUGAGGAUCACUUUAAAGAUGCUGUCGAGGCAUCUGGAAUUUGCCAGAAGCUGAGAUUUGUCAACACGACUGACGAUCUGGAUGCAGACUUCAAACGCAAGCCAGACAUGGUUGCUUACAAGAGAUCUCUGCAAGGCGGUGAUGUAAUUGACUUUGAGCUGAUGGAACUGUGCAUCGAGCGCAAGCCAGAGACUAAGGACCCAUUCCAGGAUCUCGCUCCCAGCGCGACCUCUGGCGAUACAAACACAGUCUUACAUCGCUCGCAGGAGGCGACCAUGAAUCGAGGACAAAUCUGUUCAUAUGCAGGCUUGCAGCUCUCGGCGCAAAACCGGUUCUUCCUGUUCACUGUGGUCUUGCUUGGUGACUAUGUUCGCUUCAUUCGAUGGGAUCGCGCGGGAGCUAUUGUGACUGAACGAGUCAACUGGAGGAGAGACCCUACUCAUCUGAUUAUGUUCCUUUGGAGGUUCAACCGUUUCAAUGACGUGCAACGUGGACGAGAUACAUCGCCCACAAAGCCCAUGGCGAGAGACAUCAAGAGGGCGAAGAAAGCAUUUGACGAACGAGCCAAGUUUCUGGCUAGGCUCCUAGGCGAGGACGAAGAGACGGCUCAAUGCCUCUACUCGUCUGAUGCCACCUUUCACCAGUUUUGUAUCACGGACGAUGACACAUACCGGAAACACUAUUUCAUCGCAUCCAAACCUCAUUGGCAGAGCGGCAGCCCGUUUGGGAGAGCCACCGACGGGUACAUUGCAUAUGACAUCACGCGACAGAAACUUGUGUAUCUGAAGAACAGCUGGCGGUACUUGGAAGAUGGGAUCGAGAAAGAAGGAGCCACCUAUCGGCUACUCGAACGAUCAGGUGUGACCGGGAUCCCGACGCUGAUCUGUUCUCAAGACAUUCUGGGUCAAGACACGCGGACGCACGAGUACAGUUCAAAAGAGUGGUUUUGCAAAACGACCAGUCCUCCGAGGCGGCACAGGCUUCACCGGUUAGUUCUGGGGGACAUCGGACGGCCCUUGAGCCAAUUUAGAUCGUCCAAAGAUCUCGUCAGCGCUAUGCACGAUGGGAUGAAAGCGCACGAUCUGGCAUUCAGAUUGGCACGCGUGCGACAUGGGGAUCUCAGUGCCGGCAACAUUUUGAUAUCUGAUUCAGGCAAGGGAAUCUUGAUUGACUGGGAUCUAGCUAUGAUAUUGCCAGAUGUCGAUGAUCAGGGGGUUGCCACUCAGGGACCGACGACGAAAUGGCAAACGGGAACUUGGCAAUUCAUUUCGGCAGCCCGGCUCAUGGAUCCUGAGAGCACACGGCACGAUCUUCGCGAUGAGCUAGAAUCUACUCUUCACGUCUUGCUAUACACUAGCGUCCGCUAUAGAGCCAGCUGCCUUCCUGUGGAAGAUUGUGAGGAUCUCAAGACAGUCUUUAUCCGGCAUUUCGACAGUAGGUCUGCCACGGUGCAGGGGCGAACAUCCGGAGGACGAGGAAAAUACGACUUCUUCCAACCCACCGGGCCGGCUGCCCUCUCUCAAGAAGGCCUUGAAAAGUUCCUCAGCGAGCCGCAUGCCAGCCUCAUCGAGACACUUCGAAGAUUGGAUCUUGCACUAAACCUCGUCCUCAUCAACCCACACAUCCUCGAUGCUCUCAUCAACAUCAUCGGCAUCAGUCUUCUCGUCCUCGUCAAUACCGUCAGAUUCCUCCAUCCCACCUUCAACCUCUCCGAUGUCUCCAACGCCAUCAUCGCUGGUGUCUUCCUCGCUGAUGUCAUCAUCCUCCUGGGCCAUGUCGAUGAUUGA